UGCUCCGGUCCUAACCAAACCUAUGAACCAGCUGUAAACUAGUCAAUCUAGAAUCGUUUUGUAUCAAACAAAGCUUGCACGCACUGCACACGUAAACAAAGAUAAAAUACAACAUUCGAGUCCGCGCGCGCGAGGUUAUCGUACGCUUGUUUUGCUGCGAAGCGUGUAUUAAAUUAGUGCAUCGGAAUAUUUUAUUAUAUUUGUGAAAUGGCACCGGUUUCUAACUCGGUUGUUGGUAUUGAUGAUGACCAGCGCUUUGCCCUGAUGAAGUUUCGGAGGAGCGUAAGGGAUGUUUUAAAUCCAGAACACAAUGACCACUUUUUACUAAGAUGGCUCCGAGCCAGACAAUGGAAUCCAGAAGCGGCCGAAAAAAUGCUCAGAGAUUCAAUGAAGUGGCGUGAGAAAUGGGGCGUGGACACAACACUGGCAACCUGGCAAGCGCCUGAAGUUUUAGAAAAGCACUUCCCUAGUGGCAGUACUGGAUUUGACAAAGAAGGAUCACCAAUAAUAAUAGUUCCGUUCGUGGGUCUGGAUGUAUGGGGGCUGCUGCACGCGGUGACGCGCACCGACAUCAUCCGCAUGGUGCUCAUCCACCUGGAGAACUACCUCGCACUCGGCAGGAAACAGGCGCAGACACAUGGGGCCAACGCUCUGAAGGUGACAGUGGUCUUCGACCUGGAGGGGUUCAGCAUGCGCCAGUACGCGUGGAAGCCGGCCGCGGAGCUGGUGUUCACGCUGCUGCAGAUCUACGAGGCCAACUACCCCGAGAUACUGAAGAUUUGCUUCAUUGUUAAUGCCCCAAAAGUAUUCUCGCUGGCGUUCAACGUGAUAAAGAAGUUCAUGCAUGAGUACACGAUAUCCAAGAUCCGCAUCUACGGCAGCGACCCCAAGAAGUGGCAACCUCAGAUACUCACCGUGAUCGAUAAGGAGACGCUACCGCAACAUUAUGGAGGCAGCAUGGUGGACGAAAAUGGAGACCCCAGAUGCAGUUCUCUUGUGAAGCCCGGCGGGAAAGUGCCAAAGAAAUACUACGCGCGAAACGUGAUGAACGAGUCAAAGAAGGAAUAUACGAAAGUGACCGUCAAGACCGGCGAGAAGCACUGCGUUGAUCUCUUGUGUGCAGAUGGCGACAGUGUCUUAAAAUGGGAAUUUGGGGUAGACCACCACGACAUCAAGUUCUCGAUAAAGAGGCGAGAUCAGGACGGGAACGAAACCAUAGUCCACGGACCGCGGAAGGUGCCCGAGGGACCCGUGGACGUCGGCGUUCUCUCUGUCAGUGGACCCGCUACUUACUCCAUAAUAUUCGACAACAAGAGCUCCUUCCUUCGCAACAAGAAGGUGUACUAUGACGUCAUCAUCUCUAUUCCGGAGCGCGACCUCAACAUGAGCGACGACCCCGAGGACGUCGUCCCCACCAGCACUGCGGCCGAAGCCUCGUGAUCUACCAUAGAUAAAUAGUGGAUACAGUGCAUACAUUUUGAGAUCUCACUCACCAUUUUAGCUCUAUGUAACAACUGUCAUAUGAAAAGUACGAUUUUUGCAUGGAUUUAGCAAGUGAUAAUCACUAGUAGGCAUAUAAUACUUCUAUAUUUUGUCCUUAGGCCGCGGAUACACCAAAAGCGGCAUUUACAUUACAAAAAUAGUUUCACGACAUCAAUUUCAUUACCAUGUAUCACGAAAUUAGACGUUUACACGUGCAGUUGAUAGUGAAAUUAAUGUCGUGAAACUAAUUUCGUGCCAAAUGUAAAUUCCGCUAUAGUUUUACUCACGUAAGUAGGUAGCUCAAGUACUUACAUGGAAACUAAUUUCGU